AGGUUCCGGUUAGAAAAGCUGGUUUAAAUUACGGGGUGCGCUUGGUGCGCUUAGUAUCUACGAGGCAUUUCCCGGGCCGGGCGAUUUCCUGCUUGUACCCAAAGCUUUGCGUCUCUCCAAGCCCGAGUUUAAGGACUAAUCUCUUCCCCCAGACAUUGGGAACCCACUUCUUAAAUAUAUAUCCACUUUUUUGUUAUUGUAAAUAAAGAGACCAUUAAGAGGGGACAACGUCUCUGUCCCCAUUUCUAAAUGGAACAAUAGAGGAAUCGAAAGCCAGAGCCCUUCGCAUCACCCCAGGAAACAGGAAUUUAUUACGGCAUACUAUUCACUUGCCCCUAGGGGACCAAGGCAUGCAGUUCCUGCCAGUUUCUAGAAAUAUAGAAAUCUGAUAUCUGGAGGCCUAGACGUUUAGUUCCCUAACUUGGCGGGGCUCACUCCCGCUGGGGAAGCAGGAGAGAAGCAGAGCAGGCGCCUAUCCAGUUCCCUAAGUGUGGGGGUGUCUUAGGCCUUCCUAUAGGGCCCUGGACCUUAGGCCCUUCAAUAUAAGGUCCCUUUAAAUAUUUUGUCCCUUACCUGAGUCCCGCCCAGGGCAGGUAGUCGCAAACCCCGCCCCUCUGCCAGAAACCGCGGCGGGGGAGGAUUACAGAGAGCCGGAGCCAGCAGGGAAAUCCCUCCUUUUUUCUUCCCUCCCCUCCCUCCUGCCCCUCUUCACAGCUGGCCUCAGCUGGCUGAGGAGGCCCCGAGAUUGAGGAGGAGGGGUCAGUGCUCACAAGUCUGGGCAGGUGGUCCGCAAAAUAUGAGGGGCAGGGGCCACCCCUCUCUGCUGCUGCUGUACCUGGGCUUGACCACCUGUCUGGACACCUCACCCAGCAGGGAGCAAGACCAAGGCCCAGAGGUCUUCCUGGACCCCCCCGAGGCUCAGAGCUACCUGGACGGCCACCACCGGGUUCGCCGAGCCAACCACUGGGACCUGGAGCUCUUCACGCCCGGGAACCUGGAGCGGGAGUGCCUGGAGGAGAAGUGCUCCUGGGAGGAGGCCCGGGAGUACUUUGAGGACAAUACUAAGACGGAGCGCUUUUGGGAGACGUACAUCCACAAUGGCAAGGCAGGGCGUGUACGAGUGGACGUAGCAGGCCUGGUUGUGGGGCUGACGUCUGGCAUCCUGGUCAUUGUGCUGGCCGGCCUGGCAGCCUUUUGGUACCUACACUGGCGACGUGGCAGAAGCCAGCUACCCAGCCCUCAAGAGGCCGACCUCAUCAGCCCUCUGAGCCCCCUCAGCUCUGCGGGCUCGCCCACGCCCCUGCCGCCGCCGCCCCAGCCGCCGGGCCUCCCCACCUACGAGCAGGCCUUAGCGGCCUCCGGGGUGCACGACGCACCUCCGCCGCCCUACUCCAGCCUCCAGAGGCCUCGGUGAAGGAGCUGCUUCGGAGCCGAGCCGGCUUCCCCGAACCAUGCCCCAGAUUCACACCGGAUUCCGGAAGCUCUCCGAAGACUCUGAAAAAAAAACUGCGGAGCUGAACUUGGGGGGACGGGGGGUGCCGCGGGUAGGGGUCGUCCGGUUCGAGGCCUACCCUGCCUGGCACACGUGUUUCCGCCGCGUACGCUGGACUCACGUCUUCGCGAAAGUGUUCCCGCGCCCCGGCACCCCGCGGGCUCCGACGCGUUCUUGACCUUGUGGGGGGGGGCGCCGUCAUCCCCGCCCCCGGGGGCAGGCUCGGAGCCAGGCACGCAGGCCGAGUGUGCAGACUCGCGUGUGAGGUUGGACACGGCCACCUCCCUCCAGGGACACGGGACACACACACGCACACACAGGCCCCGCCCGUGCACACGCGUGUCUCCAUGCGCUCCCCGCGCGCGCACAGGGGCCCUUUGCAACCCGGGGGGACAGGGGGGGGGCAUAUUUGCAACCUUACUCAUCAGGGGCAGGCUCUUCCCCCUCAAUAAAAGCUCUUUGGAAAAGACAUACACACACACACACAAAGUGAAAAAAUGCACACAAAAAAUGGAAAUAAACGGAAUCGCGACCCCA